AUGGCCUCAUCCGAUCCCAACGCAAAGUACCAAAGCCCUCUGACUUCGCGGUACGCGUCUCCCGAGAUGUCCGCCAACUUCUCCAACAACAAGCGCUUCGGCACAUGGCGUCAGCUCUGGUACAACCUGGCAUUAGCCGAGAAGCAACUGGGUCUGGCCGGCAUCAGCACAGAGGCACUCUACCAGAUGCGCGCCAACCUUGAUAACAUCGACUACGAAAUCGCCACUGCUGAGGAGAAGAAGCGUCGCCACGAUGUUAUGGCGCACGUGCAUACCUUUGGAGUAGCCGCACCGGCGGCCGCCGGCAUCAUCCACUUGGGUGCCACGUCGUGCUUUGUUACGGAUAACGCUGAUCUGAUUAUUUUCCGCGACGCAAUGGACCUGCUGAUUGCCAAGCUGGUCUGUGUGAUCAACGAUCUAGCUGCAUUUGCCACCAAGUACCGUAGCUUGCCGACCCUCGGGUUCACGCACUUCCAGCCAGCGCAGCUGACGACCGUCGGUAAGCGCGCGACACUGUGGCUGCAGGAGCUGCUCUGGGAUCUGCGUAACAUGCAGAGGGCGCGCAAUGACCUUGGGUUCCGCGGCGUCAAGGGUACUACUGGAACCCAGGCGUCCUUCCUGACACUAUUCAACGGCGACCACGACAAGGUUGAGCAGCUGGACGCUCUGGUUACCGAACUUAGUGGAUUUAAGGAGUGCUACCCGGUGUGUGGCCAGACGUACUCGCGCAAGGUCGAUGUUGACUUUAUGUCGCCGCUGGCAUCGUUCGGUGCCACUGCUCAUCGCAUUGCCACGGAUAUCCGUCUGCUGGCGAACCUCAAGGAGAUCGAGGAGCCGUUCGAGAAGGACCAGAUUGGGUCUUCAGCGAUGGCGUAUAAGCGUAACCCAAUGCGGUCUGAACGCAUCUGCUCGCUGUCGCGCCACCUGAUGGUGCUCAUCGGCAAUGUGCACCAGACUGCUGCAGUGCAGUGGCUGGAGCGUACCCUGGAUGACUCGGCCAACCGCCGCAUUAGCAUUCCCGAGGCCUGCCUGACCGCCGAUAUCGUGCUGACCACGCUGCAGAAUGUUGUUGACGGCCUGGUCGUGUAUCCGCAGGUUAUCAGCCGCCGUAUCCGCAGCGAGCUGCCGUUCAUGGCUACUGAAAACUUUAUCAUGGCCAUGGUCAAGAAGGGAGGUGACCGCCAGGAGUGCCAUGAGGAGAUCCGCGUGCUGUCCCAUCAGGCUGCUGCUGUUGUUAAGCAGGAGGGCGGCGAGAAUGACUUGAUUGAGCGUGUGAAGAACUCGCCGUACUUUGCCCCGAUUAAGGAUGAGCUGAAUGAGCUGCUUGACCCUGCUACUUUCAUUGGCCGUGCGCCUGAGCAGGUCGACAACUUUAUCACCAAAUACGUCAAUCCUGCGCUUGCGCCCUACGCGGACAUCAUUGCUGCGAAGAAGCCCGCUGAGCUGUCGGUCUAA